AUGGAAUAGGAUCUCAAAGGAGCUGUCAUUUAAUCUCUGUAGACUACUGAUGAUACUGCAAGGACUAAGCGGCCUUAUAAUAAAAUAUCCUCAGAAUUACGUGCUUAAAUUUUACAUGCAUUAACAGUGGAAAAAAUCCCUCUUUCUGAAGUAGCAAUUUGAAUCAGACCUAGGUAGCAUAGAAAUAUCAAACAAAACCUUGCACAUGCAAAGCCAUUUUGCUUACUUAUGAAUUAGAGGGAAGAAGUGAAAAGAAAACUUCUAGAAGAGAAAGAGUAGAAAUUGAAUCAAAAAUAAGAAUUGUUGUUUUGGACCCUUUUGGAAAUAAGCAGUCAACUUAUGAAAAUGCCAAAUUUUCGAAAGUAAGUCAUUAAAUUUUAUAUAUUAAAUUAGUUAUAUACAGAAGACAAAGAACUUAGUGCAAAUGAAGAAUUUAACAUUCAGAAAAAGGUUGUUUAAGAAGUUACUCAAUAAUUAGGUGAAUUACAGACCAGUUGUUAUCAUUUACAAUCAUAAUAGAGUUAAACACAAAAUGAUGAACAUGCCCCUGAUAAUAUUUUAAGAGGUUUAAAUAUGGGCUUGCAUUUAGUGACAUCAAAAAUUAGAGAAGGAUAAAUUACAUUUAACAAGAAAACCAAUAAAGAAAUUAAGGAAAUCAAUAAAUAAAGCAAUCAAAUUACUAUUAAUAAUAAUAAUAAUAACAAUAGUAAUAAUAAUAAUAAUAAUAAUAAUAGUAAUAAUAAUAGUAAUAAUAAUCAUUCAAAUUAUAAUUAUUAUAAUAAUAAUCUUAAUCAUCAUAAUAAAAAUGAAAUACCAUUUUACAUAAAUUUCACAUAAAUCUAAUAAUUUUUAAAGAAUGUUGAAAUCAAAUCAGAAAGCAAUCCUUAUAUCUAAGAUUAAUUGAAUUAGUUGACAAAUUAAACUAUAUUUUAAAUGAAACUAAUAUAAAAAAUUUAGCAAAGAGACUCUUAAAUAAAAUAGUUUCAAUAGCAAGUAGGUAUCAUCAUUAGAAAAUGUUUUGAAUGCCAAUCUUGA